AUGGACGUCCCUGGUGAACAACCCACAAUAACGGACAAUAAACUUCCGGACCAGGCUACUUCCAUCAGAUGCAAACAUUGCAACCGUCAAUUCGCAACAAUCUCCGUUGAAGGUGGAUUGAUUCUUUCUCUCCCGCAGGAGCAGGCCUGCGCUUCAUGUGAGCCAUUCCUUGGCUUGUACGAAACUCUUCAAACCAGAGAACAAGAGCAUACGGCGUUGCUUGACAGAGGAGAAAAGCAUCAUGGCCGUGCCUUAGCGCACGGCAAAUAUCGAAACGCAAGGGUUGCGCUCGAGAACUUCCUGAUCAACAUCGAAGCGCCCAAUGAAGCAACUUUCGAUGUGGCGCAGGCUGGUUUUGCAAACCGCGCAGACCCUGUGCAGCUCGAGCAUACAGAUGAUACAGCGGAAGCAUUGAAGCCCGAGACAGACCAGCAAAAUCCCAAUGGCGUGUCCUCGACAGCCGAACAAGUGGUGCCCACAGAAGCCUCAUCCACAGUCAAGCGCAAACCAGUGCGCGAUUAUGGCGCCUCGAAUCUCGAGCGCAAACGGAUCAAAUUUACCGAAACCGUCGAAGAGCGCCCAGAGUACAGAGGGACUCUUGAGUUCUAUCGUGGUGCUAAGGAAUAUGUCCCAGGUCGAUAUGUGGCAGCUGAAGGAUCUGAGUACCUGGACACUAGUGGUUCGACCCUGUCUUUUGCCAAAUUCACUGGUCAGAAGAAAAUAGGCUCAACAUUCAUCGACAUGGUACCGAAAGAGGAGGCACAGGAUGGCGAAGGUGGGACUUCAGCAGCAAAGAAGAAAGGGAGAGGCAGGGGCAAAAGGAAACAGUGCGAGACCGAAGAGCCUCAUCAUGAGCCAGAAAAGAAUGAAAGUCAGAUGAACAGCCGAGAAUCGAGGGUUUCGAGGCGAUCGAGAUCGACAACACCACCAGUGACGACAAGACCACGAAGGACCAUCGCCCAGUAUAAUGGACAGGAUGACGAACCUCCAGCAGAGUCAAGCAACACACCAUCCCUGAUCGUCGUACUGAAAGCUCCUCACCUCCUCAAGAAUGGCAAAGUCAUCAACGGAGAAGAGCCAACCCAAGCAAGAGAGCAUAUAGAUGAACGUGAACGGUCAUCUCGCGAAGCUGAUUGCGACGAUGCAGCGAAAGAUGCAGCGAAAGAUGCAGCAGAGGCCGCAAACAUCAAUAAGGUUGUGCUAAAUAUACAGCGUGAGUUGAGUAAUCUACAGCAGGCUUCCAUUUCUUCCAGAUACAAGGACGUGGUCUCGACAGCUGUGCGCGGCUUCUUCGAAGUUCUGGAGCCCUUGAAGGCACUCAACCACACCAAGCCACAUCAAGCUGAAGAAGCUGAGGAUAUACCAGAGCAAGAUAGCAUCUACUUCGAAGCUCUUGACGUGACCGACAAAUUAGCCUUGACGGAUAUACCACGGCCAGCUGAGUCUCCAGAGCAGGGCGAGAUUACGCCCAAAUGGACUCAUGCAACAACUCACAACGACAAAGUGCAAGCACCUGAUAUCGGCCGUGCACUAGAUGCCAACGCUCCCGAUGACAUGCCAGAAGAAGACAAACAUAACGCAUCUUGA